UCAGGUGAUAUCAGCAGAAUCUUAGUGAUGAAAUAACAUCGUCUCCUUUUUUCCUUCUAUUUUUGGGUUUCAUUUAUUGAAAUCAAUCAAAGCCCGUGACUCAGUCAUUGGAUUCUCCAUAGCCAAGACUCGGCAUUCAACUCACCCCUCAAACUAUUCGUGGUCAUGAACGAAGCUCAAAAUCCUUGACUACAAAAAAAAAACACCCAAAUGAACGUACUGAGUUGAUGAGUUAUAAGUCAACUUUUCUUUUUGAGAAUCUGGGAAUUUGGAUUGAGGGAGUACCAAUUUAGCUUAGUUUCAACAGUUGCACUUCGGGAACAAAAUGUUGCAGUUGCAGCAGCAGCAGCAUGAACUGUGUUCUCGGAUUCUUUCUCCGUCUCGAGACAAAAUCUGUGACGAAGAGCUUUCGGUUCUUCCGAGACACACAAAAGUUAUCGUCACCGGAAACAAUAGAACAAAGUCUGUAUUGGUUGGUUUGCAAGGUGUCGUCAAGAAGGCGGUCGGCCUCGGUGGUUGGCAUUGGCUGGUUUUAAAGAACGGGGUUGAAGUAAAGCUGCAAAGGAAUGCAUUGAGUGUGCUCGAACACCCUACAGGGAAUGAAGUAGACGGUGAUCAUGAUUUCGAUAACUCAAGCAGUGGCUCGGACAUUGCUAGUAGCAUUGAGUUCCAGAGGGUUUCUAAACCGAGAGUUCGACAUACGAAACCAUGGGUUCCAUCUGCAUCCAUGAAAGCAUCUAACCGGAUCAGUUUUAGAGUUGUUCAAUCCAUUAUCAGUGCACCCCAGUUGGUAAACUUGGCAAGACUCGACAGCGACUCCUUGAGAAGAUAUUGCAGGCACUUCAAACUUGGUAGCAUCAAUGCUUAUUCACCGAGGGAACUAAUGCUUAACACCGUGCAGCAGCAUUUCGUGUCACAGCCACCACUCAACGACGUAAGGGUGAUCUCGGAAUUCAUAACUGCCGCUAAGAGACUGAAAACCAACGUCGCACAAAGUGAGCAAUACUGAAUGUUCCUUCAACAU